UGCACAACACAAAAUAGUUGACAAACGGAAGAUACACAAAUCGCUUUGUUUGGUGCAAUAUUUUCGUGUAUUAAUUAUGAUAAGAAAUGAGUAGACCCGUGAAAAGAGAAGUAUCCGCCGAGGAAAAUUGUUUACAGAGUGCUGCCAAAGGGGACGAUGGAACGCUUGAAGCCCGAUAUGAAUGUCCCAUCUGCUACUGCUGGCUGAACGAGCCUAUCCUCACCAAGUGCGGCCAUCGAUUCUGCCGGAAAUGCAUUACGGAUUGGUUGAAUGAGAAAAACUCCAACUGCCCGUUGGACAACGAACCGCUCGACAUCAAGUGUGACAUAUUUCCGGACAACUGUACGCGCCGUGAAAUAUCGCAAAUCAAAAAACCGUGCCCGAAUUCAAUGCGGGGCUGUGUCGAUCAGUUUUCACCCACCGAAAUUGAUACGCAUCUGCGCCAGUGCCCAUUCGCGAUGUCCCGUCAAAGCCAACCGUGUCCUUUCGCACGGAUAAAGUGCAAGUUUGUUGCUGCGGAUGAAGAUGCGCUUAAUGCGCACAUAGCUUCCGAUUGUCAGCAGCAUUUACAGCUACUUUUGGAAACGUACACGGGCAGCAGCGAUCGGUACAAGUUUUGGGAUCCACCGGCAAAGAACAGUGUGCCGGAGAUGAGCACCACCGAACUGGUCCGCUCAAUGUACGAACGUAUUGUAAUACUCGAGCAGGAAGUGCACAUUCUCCGUAUCAAACUGUCCAAGCAGGAGAUCCAGCUAACCAAAAUCAACCACGAGAUCGAUCCUCGGUACAGUGGUGGUGUUUUGCUAUGGAAGCUGGAAGAUUUUUCCAACAAAAUCGAUUCCAUGCUAGCGAACAGUAACUGCAUGUUUUACAGCGGCGAAGCGUACACUUCACCGCAUGGAUACAAAUUUUGCGCCCGCAUCAAUGUGUCACCACGCACGAAAGACUCGAUCGGGCUGCAUGUGCACCUGAUGCAGUCGGAGAACGAUUACCAUCUCGAGUGGCCAUUCAAGGGUCGUAUCAAGAUAACGCUGCUGAACGUACGCUCACCGGAACUUUCGCAGCAUGAUACGAUCAUGUCGAAGCCGGAAAUUCUUGCAUUCCACCGACCGAACCAGGACAUCAGUCCGCGUGGGUUUGGGUUUUUGGAGUUUGCUAAAAUUAAGGACAUUUUGGCAAAGUUUGCCGACAAUAAUACGGUGGUGAUUAAGAUACAGAUGAACAUUGUGUAAUAAGUUUUUUUACGGAACGUACAAACACAUUCCACCAACACACACCGAUUAUGAGAAGUUGGUUCAGUAUUGAUCUGCCCUAUACAUGUAUCUCCCUUUCUCUCACUCCCUCUCUUUAUCUCGCUUUAAAAGUAUUCAAAUGAAAGUAUUUCCCCAUUUCAACGUGUUUUGACCACAAACGCAAAAAGUCCCCUUUUAUGGCUUGCGGUAUAUGUCCAGCGAGUAUAUUUGUGUAUUCUUGUGCAUUGUCUUAGAACAUAGUUGCUUUACAUGUGGGCGUCGAUGUAGUACGGUCGAAGAUCUUUAGAUUUAGUUAGGCAGCACGUGGGACAUCCACCGCGUAACCGGUAGCUCAAGCUCUUAGUACUUAACGGACGUGCCAAACCUACAAUGAAUGGUAUUGUAAUAUCCUGCACCCCCAAAUGCUUCCCAACAACAACAACAUUAGCUUGAAAUUGUAGUCUUCAAAAGUCUGUAUUAUUUAACAUUUGGCGAUCCGUUUUACAUUCCUUACGGUAGCAUUCUUCAUCGUACCCUUUCCAUUAUGCCACCCAGACCAUCAGAACGGAACCAGAAAAGCAAACAAAAGAGAAAAAAAAAACACAACAAACAUACCAAUGGUUCUGAAAGCUUUUUUGUUAACAAAUUUAGAUGUUAAUAUACAAGAAUACAGGAAUUUUAGAACGUGAUACAGAACGGGGCAACGGGGGUAAAAGUAAUAAAAGUGUAUUCCAACCCAGUGUAACGGAAGUAUGCGCGUCC